AUGAGUGUCCCCAUGCUGAAGAUCGGGGCGGUGCUCAGUACUAUGGCCAUGGUCACCAACUGGAUGUCCCAGACGCUGCCUUCUCUCGUGGGACUUAAUGGUACCAGCAUCUCCAGGGGUGGCACCUCUGAAAGAAUCGUCAGCGGCCUGUACCCUAGUCCUGAGGAGGGCUGGCAGAUCUACAGCUCGGCCCAGGACGCAGAUGGAAAGUGUAUCUGUACGGUGGUGGCUCCGGCUCAGAACAUGUGUAACAGAGACCCACGCAGCAGACAGCUCCGGCAGCUCAUGGAGAAGGUCCAGAACAUCAGCCAGUCCAUGGAGGUGCUGGACCUGCGGACAUACAGAGACCUUCAGUAUGUGAGGAAUACUGAAAGUCUAAUGAAGGUGGUGGAUGGGAAGCUCAAGGUGGCCUCUGAUAACCCACGCAGCCUCAAUCCAAAGGGCUUUCAGGAGCUAAAAGACAAGGUGACCCAGCUGCUCCCCCUGUUGCCUGUUUUGGAACAAUACAAAACUGACGCCAAAAUGAUCCUUAAACUCCGGGAGGAAGUGAGGAAUCUGUCUCUGGUGCUAAUGGCCAUCCAGGAGGAGAUGGGCGCCUACGAUUAUGAAGAACUGCGGCAGAGAGUCCUGCUGUUGGAAACAAGGCUGCACUCCUGUAUGCAGAAACUAGGUUGUGGGAAGCUCACUGGAGUCAGUAAUCCCAUCACAGUGCGGGCUUCAGGGUCGAGGUUUGGCUCCUGGAUGACAGACACUAUGAUCCCCAGCUCAGACAACAGAGUCUGGUAUAUGGACGGCUACUUCAAAGGGCGGCGGGUGCUGGAGUACCGCACCAUGAAUGACUUUAUAAAGGGACAGAAUUUCGUGCAGCACCUGCUACCACACCCCUGGGCAGGCACUGGUCACGUGGUCUUCAACGGCUCCCUGUACUACAACAAAUACCAGAGCAACAUCAUCAUAAAAUACCACUUUCGCUCUCGCAGUGUGCUCAUCCAGAGGAGCCUGAGCGGGGCUGGCUACAACAACACUUUUCCAUACUCGUGGGGUGGGUCUUCUGAUAUCGAUCUAAUGGCAGAUGAGAAUGGACUAUGGGCUGUGUAUACCACUAUCCCAAAUGCGGGCAACAUCGUAAUUAGUCGCAUGGAGCCCCAGAGUCUGGAAGUACUGCAGACUUGGGACACUGGCUUUCCUAAAAGAAGUGCUGGGGAGUCGUUUAUGAUCUGUGGUACGCUUUACGUCACCAACUCCCAUCUUGCAGGGGCGAAAAUCUACUUUGCCUAUUACACCAAUACGUCCACUUACGAGUACACGGAUAUCCCCUUUCACAAUCAGUAUUCGCAUAUUUCUAUGAUGGACUACAAUCCCAGGGAGAGGGUGCUGUAUACUUGGAAUAACGGACAUCAAGUGCUCUACAACGUUACACUGUUUCAAGUUAUUAAGACUUCUGGGGACUGA